AUGAAUGAAGAAGAAGAAGAGAGCGUUAACUAUGUAACAAAUUUGUGAAACGUAGCAGCCGAGAGAAAGAGAGAAAAGACAUGGGAGAUUCCAAGGUAGAAACAAUUUCCCGAUUAGCUCAAUGGAAAAUCGACAACUUCGGACCUUGUUCUUACAAGAAAUCCGACCCUUUCAAACUCGGUAUUUGGAAUUGGUAUUUGUCAAUAGAGAGAAACAGGUAUCUAUAUAUACAUCUAUUUCCUGAACCUUCAAGACUUUCUAAGGAACAACCUCCAAUUGCUCGCUUCAUUAUUCGUGUUUCCAAUACUGCUUCAUCUUCUUCCUCCUCCCGUAAAUUUUACAUUUCCCCUGUUCAUGAAAGGGUGCUUAGAACAUGUGACGACUUUGUCUGGCCUGUGGAUACUACAUUCCUUGGUCGCUUGAUUAUUGAUGUUGAAUUUCUUGACCUGAAGAUCCAUCCUCUGAAUGGUGGAGAAGCCAGUUCUAUAUGGCCAUCUGAUGGAAAACUGCAAUCUGUUGCAACUCCAAACACUCUCCGAUGCCUCUCUCGCAUGCUUGACGAAGCUAUACACGCUGACCUCACCAUUAUAACAGCAGAUGGUACACUCAAGGCACAUAAAGCAGUCUUGUCCGCAACUUCUCCUGCAUUCCUGGCCUCAUAUCGUGACAGCAGCGAAGAGAAAGAGUCGUCUACAAUCCACAUGGAAGAAAUGUCACAAGAAUCCUGCACAGCCCUUCUAAGUUACAUGUACGGCACAAUAAAACCCGGAGAUUUCUGGAAACACAGGCUUUCAUUGCUCGGAGCAGCCAAUAAAUACGACAUAGGCGAUCUCAAAGAUGCUUGUGAGGAAAGCCUACUCGAAGAUCUUAACUCCGGAAAUGUUCUUGAGAGGCUGAAUGAGGCUUGGUUGUACCAGCUGCAAAAGUUAAAGAAAGGAUGUUUCACAUUCUUAUUUGAUUUCGGUAAGAUAUAUGAUGUUAGAGAAGAAAUAAAUACUUUUUUUCGUCAUGCAGAUAGGGAUCUAAUGCUGGAGAUGUUUCAAGAAGUGCUUACAAUUUGGAAAUAGGUUAUGUCUUUGAACUGUAGAGUCACUCUUGUAUCUUGUAAUAUGAAGGAUCCCUGUUUAUAAUCAUGUUUUUACUUUUUAUA